AUGGAGAAUUCAAUCACGUUGAACCCCAAAGACAGUAAAGAAGUAGACGCACUAAAACUCGAGUUGAAGACCUUACCACCAAGCUUGAAAUAUGCAUAUCUGGGCAACAACAACACAUACCCGGUGAUCAUCAAUUCAAGUUUGAGUGAGGAGCAAGAGGAAGAACUUAUCCAAGUGCUGAAACAGCACAAGGACGCCAUAGGCUAUACACUUGCAGACUUAAAAGGAAUCAGCCCUUCAAUGUGCAUGCACAAGAUACUACUUGAAGAAGCUUUUAAGGAACUUAAAAACAAACUCUCCUCUGCGCCUAUCAUAGCACCACCAUGCUGGGAUUUACCUUUUGAGCUGAUGUGUGAUGCAUCAGAUUUUGCUGUGGGUGCCGUUUUAGGACAGAGGAGGGAUAAAUUGUGUGCUGAUGGAAUCUUGAGAAGGUGUAUUUCCCAUGAGGAAGGGCAAGAAGUGCCUUGGCAGUGUCAUGGAUCUACAUAUGGAGGCCAUUUUAGUGGGGAUAGAACUGCAGCCAAGGUGCUACAAUGUGGAUUUUACAGGCCAACCAUCUUCAAAGAUGCAAAAGAAUUGGUGACAAGAUGUGAUGAAUUCCAAAGGGCUGGCAAUUUACCCAAGAGAAAUGAGAUGCCACAGAGGUUCAUAAUAGAGUUAGAAUUAUUUGAUGUGUGGGAAAUUGAUUUUAUGGGACCCUUCCUAUCCUCAUACUCAAACAGUUAUAUAUUGGUGGAUGUAGAUUAUGUAUCAAAGUGGGUUGAAGCCAUAGCCACUCCAACAAAUGAUAACAAAGUUGUAAUGAACUUUUUGAGAAAGAACAUCUUCAAUAGAUUUGGGGUGCCUAGAGCACUCCUUUCCAAGCGUGGAGUUAAGCACAAGGUGGCAACCCCAUAUCACCCACAGACCAACGGGACAGCCUUCAAAACACCUAUUGAAAUGUUUCCAUACCAAUUGGUGUUUGGUAAGGCUUGUCACUUACCAGUUGAGCUUGAGCAUAGAGAAUUUUGGGCUAUAAAAAUGUUGAACUUUGAUGAACAAGCUGCUGGAGAAAGGAGGCUUAUGCAGCUAAAUGACGUAGAGGAGUUUAGGAAUAAGGCAUAUGAAAGUACCAAGAUCUACAAAGAGAAUGCAAAAAGGUGGCAUGAUCAGAAGACAGCAAGGAGGGAGUUCACUAAAGGGCAACAGGUGCUGCUGUAUAAUUCGAGACUCAAGUUCUUCCCUAGAAAGCAUAAGUCUCGAUGGUCAGGCCCCUUCACCAUCCUCAAUGUAUCCCCCUAUGGCCACGUAGAGCUCAUGGAAGACAAAACACAAAGGACCUUCACUGUGAAUGGCCAUAGACUCAAGCAUUACCUAGGGGACUCACUGGAUGAGAAGAGAGUAAGCCCAGAGAUUAAGUUUGGUGUGGCCACCAAUUUACUUGAUCUAGGCUUACUAAUCUUGAUCUAG